CGCAGCGAAGAUGCUUGAGCCAAAUAACCCGGACCAUAUUCCGGAGGCACGUAACCACAUGGAAAAUCUUAUGGACAACCCCAGCCAGUGGCAGGAGAUUUUCAGGAACGCGCCAGUUCUGCGCACGUUGUACCGGUAUCACCAAAGUCUUUUCUCCUGCUGGCAUCCUUGUAUCAAUCACCUCGUCAACGCCCCGACGCCGGAGAACAUCUGCCAGUUGCCGGAAGACGUUGUAGAGUGGAUGUUUCCAGAUCAACACGACGCACGAACACCCGUCUUCGAUUCGACAGAGCCUCAGGUACUCGAAAACUGA